AUGCCUAUUCCAUGGAUCAACAAAAACAGGGUAACCCAAUUUUCUCAAAUCAUCGCCGAUCUUCACUCAUCCAAACGCGGUGCUUCUUCCAUCUUCGUUCAGACCGCUUUCCCCGCCUCCCUCGUCGAUCUCUUAAUCAAUAACCGUACCCGCUUCACAAGACCCAAAUCCAACAAACCGUUUCGUCGCCGAACUUCUGAUCCACCCUCGCCGGAAAUGCCGAGUUUAACCGAUUACGCCGAGUUGGAUCGCCACGAGUAUGCGAGUUUGACUCAGUUAACCACCGAUGAAAAUCUUCAUGCAAAUAAUGGUGUUGAGGAUUCGGGUCAUGGGGUGAAUCGGGUUGGAAAGAACAAUGACGGGUCGGGUUCAAAAACGUUACUUGUUACCUUUAUAAUGAUGCUAGUCAUUGUCGUUUCGAUUGCAAGUGUUGAGAAACUAACAGUCGGAAUCACUCUUUCGGCGUUUGCGGUUCUGUUUCUUGAAUACGCGUGGAAGCGUGUCGUUUUGUGUUCUAAACCGAAUGUGGAAAUUAACGUUGUUGAAGCUGAAUUCGAGGAAAUUAAGGUUGUCGGUGUAUGUUCUGAAGAGACUUCUUCCUACGAUGAUGUUUUUCAAUUGAAUAGUGUAAAGGGAGACAAGAAGUUGGAUUAUUCUGAAUCGGAAGAGCAGGAGUAUCAUUCAAAUGAAAAAGUUGUGGAUUCAUGUCAUGUUUCAAUUAAAGUUAGCCGUAGGGUUAAAUUGAAAUCAAAGUUGAAGAAACUUUUGACUAAAAAAUUGCAAAGUUCUGGAAAAGAGGUAAAGGAAAAAAGAGGUAAAGAAGAUUGUAGUGUUGAAAAAGAUUGUGAGAUAAAAGAGGAGGUGGAUAAUGGGAGUAAAUCAUCAUUGUUGCAUGAUGUUAAACUAGAAAGCAUGAGAGUGAAUAGUGAAAAGAAGAGAACAGAGAGAGUUGGGAAUUCGGGUUAUUUAGUUUUAUUUGUAAUUGCACUGGUUGGGCUUGUAGUGGGUCGUUUACCAGCACUGAUACUUACAAUGACAUGGUGUUUUAUAUUAAAGAUAGUUGCAAUAAGAGGAAGAUCAAAGGCGUCUCUGAUCAAAUGUUCGGUUCCAAAUUCUUGA